AUGAUCACUCCUCUGCUCCUUGUGCUCUCCCUCGGCAAGGUUGUCGAGUUAGGCAAAGAUGAAUUCAACACGCUGCGCAAUUCCGGCGCCUCCAUGUCUGUUGUCUUCUAUGCCCCGUGGUGUGGACACUGCAAGAAUCUGAAGCCAGAGUACGCUAAGGCCGGGGCAGAGCUGGAUGGUGUUGUGGACCUUUACAUGGUUGACUGCACCAAUGAGAGCAACGGGGGGAAGGAUCUCUGUGGGGAGUUCGACGUUCAGGGCUUUCCCACGAUAAAGAUGAUAAACACUGAGAAGGAUAGUGUGCUCGACUAUAACGGCGCAAGGGAGGCGAAGGCUCUUCGCUCGUUUGUCCUCUAUAACAUGAAGAAGCCGUUCAGGGACCAUAGGACUCCAAAGGCCUUCCUGGAAGCCGUGAAAGCAGCGAAGGAGGACGGAAAGCUGCACCUGUUUAUAGUCACUGAGAGCAAGGCAGCCAGCAGCUAUCUCUUCAAGCUGGCCAAGAAGGUGUCCGAGAAGAUGUCUAUUCACGUGCUCCUCAACAGUACGGCGGACAAGAUCAAAGAGCUCACCGAGGGCGGCUUGGAGAAGCACAUCUCUGCUGGAAAGCUCUCCCUCUUCACUGUCAAGAAGAGUGCCACGGAGUCCUUCAGCGGGGCCAACACACCUGGCGAGAUAGAGAAGUGGCUCCAUAACCACGCCAAGUGA